UAUACAAAAUUUCUUUCCUUUUGGUUGAAGACGAUGAUGCCAAAUCCAAAACAAAUACAAACCAUCAAUGGAGUUGAAGAUGAAGACACAGAGAUUAGCAUUUUCGAUGCCCAGAGAUACUUCAACGAAACCAACACCACCGAUGCAAGAUUGUGUAAAAGAAUUUCUCCGGUGAAGGAUCCUCUUUCAUCGGAGCUCCGCUGUGAUAUUCCCGCCUCGACGUUAGCCGGUCGAUUCUCGGCGGCUGCCGAUGGGUAUGGUUAUGGCACGAGCCACCGUGCUCGUUCCUUCCAUGCAACACCAACGGCUUCAUCUGAGGCUAGUUGGAAUAGCCAGACUGGUUUGUUAUCGAAUCCACUCGGCGCUGACAUGAAGACUCCUAAAAUAUCCGAUCGAAAGACAAAAGGGUGUGGUAAAAUGAAGUGGCUUUGGGGUCGGAGGUGUCCGUGCUCCGGCAAGAAGUCCGUUCAAGUCGAGCACGAAACACCCUCGGGUUCGAAUCAGAAACACAAUAUCAGACACCAUGAUCAGAUACUAUUAGCCUGUAAUCCUCACAGGAUCUCAGCGGAUAAUAUUCAGUUUCGUUCCGGCUUAGAACACCGUGUGAUUGCUUCGGCAACCGCAAGACGGCCGAUGAUAAGCGACGGCUCCAAUGGUACUACUGCCGUCGGUUUCACGUUUGGCUCCAAUGGUACUACUGCCGUCGGUUUCACGUUUCCAAUACUCAACCAACAUGAUAGAAACCCUAAUUCACUCGAUGAUCACAACGAUCCACCUCGAGCCUCGUUGGAGGUGUUCAGACCAGCCGACGAUGUAGUUGGCAGCGAUACCAGCUCGGACUUGUUCGAAAUUGAGAGCUUUUCGGCGUCGAAUCCACCGUACCACCGCCGGGAUUCGUUGGACGAGGCGUCCAACUUCAACAUAAUAAGAUCGAUAGGAGCUUCUGGCAAUGUCUCGGGGUUCAGCUGCACCUAUUCGCCGAUGACCGCCGAGUGUUACGAACCGAGCGAGGCGAGCAUAGAGUGGAGCGUGACGACGGCGGAAGGGUUCGAGAGAGGAUUGGAAGCGGAGGAGAUGAUGAACAUGAACAUGAGGGUUGGCAAUGGUGGUGGUGGUGGGAGGAAGAGAUCGGGGUUGUUGAGCUGUCGGUGCGAGAAGGCGGUGAACGUGGGGCCAAAUCCGGUAAAGUACGUGCCCCCUCACGGACAGGCAGCGGCCUCAUCAAAGCAUGUGGCCAAUGUGAACAAACCACCGCUUGCCCCUUUGUCUCUGCCUUUUGGUGCAUAAUACAUCUUUUCUCUUCUCUAUUAUUUCAUAUAUUUUGUGUGCUCUUUCUUAAUUGUCUUACUUUAAAAUAAGCGUAAAAACUAUACUUUUUUUCUCAAAUAGAUGUUCAAAUUUUUUUAAUCA